GAGCCAGCCACUCGUGGCAGCAGCGGCAGGAGAGAGCUGCUGACGGGGCGGCCCGGCGGGGCGAGUGAACCACGACUGCCUGCCCGGUUGGCCUCGGGAGGCGCCGGGAGCUGCCCGGGGCUGGCUCGUAGGCUGACCUCGAAUGCUUCGAAGAACCAUGGAAGCGGCGGUUGCCACCUUGGAUUCCACGCCUAGCAAUACCAAGGCACAGCUGGAGGCAGACGCAACCUGCUGGAAGGUGACCGUGGCCACCGUCCUAGCCAGUUCCAUUGCUCUUGUUUUCUUAGGUCUCCUUCUGGCCUCCCUCUACACACAGGACAUCAGUUUUGAGCACUCGGUGGAACUCAAAGGAAUCCUAUAUGACAACAGCCUGCAGCAAGAGACCUCCAGCUAUUACAGGGCUUUGACCCCAGCUCUGGAAAUGCUGUUUGUAAGUAGCUUUCAGAAGACAAAGUUAGAGGAGAGCUGUGUUGGCUGCACUGUGCUGAGUUAUAGGGAUGGGAACUCCAGCGUCCUGGUGCGUUUCCGCCUACACUUUGUGUCCCAAACCCUGUGGUUCCUGACCGCUGGAUUGGAGGAGGAAACACUCCGGCAAGGUCUGACCAUGAGGUUCCGGGAGCACAGCAUCCCCCUGCCCACCUAUGGGACCAUCUAUUCUGCUGCACUCACAGGGAACAAGGAGCUGCCUGCCACAGAAAUCAGUCUGAAGUCAGGGCGCUGUCCAGGGAAUGCAUUUGCCUGCCAGAGUAACCAGUGCGUGUCCAAAGUGAAUCCCGAAUGUGACGGCAAAGUGGACUGCUCCGAUGGUUCUGAUGAAGCCCACUGUGAUUGUGGAGGCCGACCUGCCUUGAAAUCAGCCAACAGGAUUGUGGGAGGAAUGGAGGCUGCCAGGGGGGAGUUUCCAUGGCAAAUCAGCCUUCGAGAACACAAUGAGCACUUCUGUGGGGCAGCGAUCCUCAGUGCCAAAUGGCUGGUAUCUGCAGCUCACUGCUUCAACGAAUUCCAGGACCCCACAGUCUGGAUGGCUUAUGCUGGUACCACCUUCCUCAGCGGCUCUGACAUUGGCACUGUGAAGGCCCACAUCGCCCAGAUCAUCAAGCACCCCUUCUAUAACUCAGACACCGCAGACUUCGACGUGGCCGUCCUUGAGCUGGGCAGUCCCUUGCCUUUCACCAGCCACAUCCAGCCAGUGUGCCUCCCCUCGGCCACUCACAUCUUCCCUCCCAGGAAGAAAUGUCUCAUCUCUGGUUGGGGCUACCUGAAGGAAGAUUUCUUGGUGAAACCUGAGGUCCUCCAGAAGGCAACCGUGGAACUCUUAGACCAGGCACUGUGUGCAAGCCUCUAUAGCAACUCGCUCACAGACCGGAUGGUGUGUGCUGGCUACCUGGACGGGAAGGUAGAUUCCUGCCAGGGUGACUCAGGAGGACCACUAGUCUGUGACGAGCCCUCAGGGAGGUUCUUCCUUGCUGGCAUUGUAAGCUGGGGCAUCGGCUGUGCAGAAGCUCGGAGGCCGGGGGUCUAUGUCCGUGUGACCAAGGUUCGAGACUGGAUUCUGGAGACCAUCUCAACAGCCCCCACUGUCAGCGCACCAGCUGUCUUUCCUGACUCCUCCACCACCAGCAGUGAUUGGCUCUUGACUACAGAAAGGCUCAUGACCAGUAUCACCACCAAGCCCAAGCUGGUCACCAGCACUGAGUUGGACACAGUGUCUCUCUCUCCAGGCACCACUUCCAGGCCACAAGAGUGUGGGGGGAGACCGGCCAUGCCCAAACCUAGCAAAAUCGUCGGGGGAUUUGACGCUGCCCAGGGCGAGGUUCCAUGGCAGGUCAGCCUGAAGGAGGGAUCUCGGCACUUCUGCGGAGCCACGGUGGUGGGGGAGCGAUGGCUGGUGUCAGCAGCCCACUGCUUCAAUCACACAAAGAUGGACUUUGUGAAAGCGUAUUUGGGGACGACGUCCCUCACGGGGGCAGAUGGCAGUGCUGUAAAGGUCAGCAUCAAGAGCGUGGUGCUCCACCCCUCCUACAACCCUGUUAUACUAGACUUUGACGUGGCCUUGCUGGAGCUGGCCAGCCCGCUCCUCUUCAACAAUUAUAUCCAGCCUGUCUGCCUCCCACUGGCCAUCCAAAAGUUCCCCGUGGGCCGGAAGUGCAUGAUUUCUGGAUGGGGGAACACCUAUGAAGGCAACGCAACUAAGCCCGACAUCUUGCAGAAGGCCUCUGUGGGUAUUAUCGAUCAAAAGACAUGUAGCAUCUUCUACAAUUUCUCCCUCACUGAUCGUAUGAUGUGUGCUGGUUUUCUGGAGGGGAAAAUAGAUUCAUGUCAGGGUGACUCUGGGGGGCCGCUGGCCUGCGAAGAGACCCCCGGCGUGUUUUAUCUGGCAGGGGUUGUGAGCUGGGGGAUCGGAUGUGCUCAAGCUAAAAAGCCAGGAGUGUACUCCCGGAUGACCAGGCUUAAAGACUGGAUUGUGGACACCAUCUCACCUGGCCUGCAGACUGGCUCCACCUUCUCACCUGAGAAAACACCUGUCACGACCAGUCACCCCCUAGGAGCAAUCUCAAGCCUGACCACCACACGUGUGACCCCCGGCAAACUGACCCCCAAACCAACCAGCCCAGCCACCCUCAAGACCACCAGCCCCGCCACCCUCAAGACCACCAGCCCAGCCACCCUCAAGACUACCAGCACAGCCACCCUCAAGACCACCAGCACAGCCACCCUCAAGACCACCAGCACAGUCACCCUCAAGACCACUAGCACCCCUACCAGCCAGCCUACCAGUGAGACUGCUAGCAGACCCACGACAAGCAAAACUACCCCUCGGCCUGCCGACGAAACUACGACCAGGAGGCCUACCAGUGCGGUCAUCACAGCAAUCAGGACCACCAGUAGUAAGCCGCCCCCUCCACUACAAAUCCACCAACUGGCCACACCCAUUCAGCUUCCAGACUGCGGUGUCUCUCCGGUGGGCACCCUGACCAAGAUUGUGGGCGGCAGCGCUGCCAGCCGUGGGGAAUGGCCCUGGCAGGUCAGUCUGUGGCUGAGGAGGAAGGAGCACAAGUGCGGGGCAGUGCUGAUUGCGGACAGGUGGCUGCUCACCGCAGCGCACUGCUUUGACGUGUUCCAACAUGCCGUUCUCCAGACUCGUGGUACUUCCCCCAGUCUCCAUGAUCUUUCCCAGGCUGCCGACAAUGGCCCAGCUCUUUCCAUACCCAAGCAUGCCAUUCUUUCUAGUCCUGGUGACUUGAAUUCAUCAAGAGCCACCAAGUGCUCUAUUCCUAUCUCCCUCACUAAUCGAAGGCAUGCUAUGGCACUUGUCCUGUUAGCCAUCUUUGUUCUGUCCUUCCUGGGACAAAGGUCCUUCUUCUUGUCAGAGAAGACGGAAGCAAAAUAAAGAAAUGAGCAGGUCGGCCCUCUCUGUUGUCAGUUCUCAUUAGCCUAUCCACCCAAGGCCAAAGGUCUUAUCCCUUCUUGGAUCCUACUCUGUCUCCUAAUAUAUCUUAAAAACAGAACAACCAGAAAACAAGCCCACAAACCCUUUUGUUCUUCUCAGCUUCUCUGGCGAGUCUCAGCUCACUCUGAGCAUUACUGCUCCUGACACCAUUUUUAUAGGAUUUCAUGCCAAGCUAAUAUAUUCAUUCUCUGUGAUUUGGCCUUGCUUCCACCUCCUGGGCGUUUCUUUUUCAAAUAUAAAUAGGUUAAUGAGUUCCCUUUACCUCUAAACCAAUUGCUUCAGACAAAUCCCAUUUUUCUUCCUGUUAAGUCUUGAAGGAAACUGGGGAAACCAAAGAACUGCCAGAAGGCACUUUCCUGUAGCAACAGUAUUAGCAGCAUACUGUCAUCAGGAAGAGUCUUGGUGGAAGAAGGCACCUUUCCAGCCUUAUCUCACUUAUUCUACUUUCCAGCCAAAUUGGACUAAUCUCUGUUCUGUACGUGUCCUUCAAUCUUCCACAGCUUGUUAUUCUCUGUGCCUAAGUCACCCUCUCCCAAUUUCCAUCUCUGUUUGCUAAAGUCAGAGUAGUGCUUAGCACAGUGCCUGGCACAAAGUAGAUGCUCAAUAAAUAUUGAUUGAUUGAUUGGUUUGAAGUAGGAAGCUAUGAGUUAGCACCUUGGUCAGUGUGAUGCAGCUGGUCUUAAGAGUCAAAGAAACAAGGGAGUGGCCUAGGGUUUCGGGGUAUCCCUUCUCCAAAAUUGUGAUGAUCAGAACAGCCAAGCAAAUGGCGCUCCUUCAUGUUCCUUUCUGGUGCCAUCAAAAGGCAAGAGGCGCCAAAGCAAAUCAGAUACGCCGAUACCCCAGCCUAGAAAGGCUUCAGUGCAGAUAGCGCUGCCAGCUAACCCAAGCAAGUCCCAAAGGCACGUGAAAUGGGCUGUGAAUGCUUUCAUCACGCGCCAAGGCUACCAUAACAAAAUGGAACCACGUCUUCAUAGUUAUGGGCAAGAGCUUCAGCGGGGCUCUCAACUCCGAGUCUCACAACAACAUACUGCAAGACCUGUUCAGGGCAGCUACACAAAACAACUUCCUCCCUAAGCUCGGAUUAGAUGGGAUAAGAGCUAAAAUGGGGGAGCUCCUUGGUGUUGAAGAAGGAAAAGCUGAGGAGCCUGAAGUCUUUGAAAAACUUCCCUUCACACAAACUCCAGAAAUUCAACCCAACAUCGAAAUGGAUGAAAGAGAGCACCUACAAUUCAACUGAUUUGGGUUUCUUUUCUUGCUUUUUUUGUUUCUACAUCACCUUCAUUUCCCAGUAUGUCCCUCUCCACUCCUCUACCCAGAGAGGCUUGAGUGACAAUAUCAGACUAACAAGACAAACACAGUCUCACUGCCAUGGGCAAACAGCUGUCACAGUGGUAGGGAGGGAGGGGAAGAAGAAAGUCCCUCUUCCAUGGCAAGUCCAAAGGAGAGUUAUUAGGGUACCAAGCCACAGACUCAGAAGAAGGAAGGCGGAGGGGGGAAAAAUUGUCUCUCACUUUUAAAGGCUGUUCGUUAGCCAAUCCUCUUUGCCACAGGCCCCAUAUCACAAUGGCGUCAGGACACAGUCCAUUUGGAGCUGGGCCAGAAGCCCCUGAUUGCAGAAGAGGCAAAGUCACAUAGGUUGCUGGAGGUAACCAAGGCAUAGGUUCAGCAUCACACGUGCUCCAUGGGAUGGCCCCAAAGGCCCAUCCCCAAGCAUAUUCCACAGAAUGGACUCAUUCCAACCCCCAUCACACAACACUAGUAAAACACUUUACCAGCUUCUUUUCAGACAUGACCCUGAUCCCACUUUUUCUUUAAAUAAAUUUGCAUUGGUAUCUUU